AUGUCAUUUCAUGGACUGCUCGUCUCGGCACUUGGAUUGCACGGUCAUGCUCAUGAAGCACUGCAAAAGUUCAGAGAGAUGGAAGUAGCAGGGAUUGUCCCAGAUAAGGUUGUUUACACUGCAGUUAUUUCAGCAUGCAGGCAUGUCGGAUUAGUACAGCAGGGGUUCGAACUAUUUGGCGAGAUGAAAACCAAAUAUGGCCAUCUAAAAGAAGCUCAAGACGUUAUUGCCUGGAUGCCAUUCCCGCCAAAUGACAGUAUUUGGCGUAGUUUUCUGGACGGGUGCAAGAGGAAAGGAUUCACAGAACUAGCUGUUGCUGCAUAG